ACCAGUAGUACUAAAAAAAGAAAAAAUAAGUGAAUGCAUCAGGUUACUGGGGCGCAUUAUUAAUUUUGCGUUAUUAUUUGAACUAUGUCAAUGUCGUUUGGACCUGGUAUAACCAUUUGUAUAUUUAGGUGCAUAAUAAUUAUGGAUUUCGAAACGGAAUUUGUAAGCGUUAUAUACGCAAACUAUAAGCGGUGUUAGAUUAGUUUAAUAAUACCAUCGAAAAUGCGAAUCGGUUUGUGUUUGGUGGUGGCAUUUGUUUGCGCCUGCGAAUGCAGAUUUAAUUUUUCUAAUACACAAAAUUACAAUAAUAUUAACGAAACAUGUAGUAGUAGAUAUUUUACGAAAUUUAACGAAACAUUGACGAUUGCUCAGCCGGUUUAUACUAUUCCGGCGAAAAUGAAUAUUUCCGAUAUUUUUCAUAUGUGGCACAGUUUUCCUGUGCAAGUGUUAGAAACAUCCAGAGCGGUUUCCUCGCGAUGCGCGACGGGUUACAAAAAAUACCUGGCAAAAUUGAUCGAAGGCGAUCUCAAGGCUUUAAAGAUGUUUGAUGCAACUGCUAAAUUGCCCUCGGGAUUGCUAAGGGGUAAUGUAAAUCAGUAUGGCGAUUUCGACGAAUGCUUAGAAGUCGAAGAGGCUCAAUAUUGUUUAAUUGAGCUCGAUUUGAGCGCGCUUUGGAAAAAAUCAAAUCUUUCCGAAUAUAGACACUUGGUCCACUCCCAUUUUAGUAUAAAAGAGACCUUCGACGAUCCCGGGCACCGAGUACCUGGCUUUAACAUAGUAAGGUGGGGAUUUUGUAUACCAAAAGGGUGCAACGGCAGAGAUUUGAGUGAUUCUCUAAGGAAAACAUUGGGCGUGAAGGCUAGAGCGAGACCUUUCCUGUGUCAGAUGUCAAUAAAGAAACCUCUUAUAUUGUCUCUCGGCGAUUACGUAGCCAGAAUAUACUUUUCCAUAAUUGUCAUUUGCAUUAUCAUUUCAACUUUGUACUACGAGAAGCUAGGAAAGAAAUAUGCAGAUAGCAAAAUUGUCCAAAUGAUAAUGAGCUUUUCUUUCAAAAAAAAUUACAGCCAAUUAAUAAGAAUCAGUGAAAGCAUCCAAAAUGAAUACAAGUCGGUGCACGGUGCUAGGUUUUUGGCUGCUCUGGCUUUAUUAAUGGCGCAUAAAACCAUGGCUUUACUGUACAACCCUUACAUAAAUAGAACGUGGAUGACUGAAACACAUUCAAUGGAAUGGUCAGUUAUAGGACGUAAUGCAAUAAUCUUCACCGAUGUCUUCUUGCUAAUAAGUGGCCUUUUAAAUGCGAGUGUGUUAUUCAAAGAGUUAGACAAAGGAAAUUAUUUUAUGCAUUUUAAAGAGAAAAUUUUCAAUAGAUUGUUUAGAAUAUUACCCAGUUUAAUUUCUGUGAUAUUGUUUUGUACUUAUUUGCUUCCUUACUUGGGGUCUGGUCCAUUGUGGCCACUGGUUGUAGAUCACCAUUCAAUUUUGUGCAAGAAAUACAUGUGGAGAAAUAUGUUUCUAAUUCAUAAUUACUUUGGUUUCGAAAACAUGUGUUUAACUCACACUCAUCAGGUUGGAAUAGAUAUGCAGUUAUUUCUUGCGACACCCCUUUUCGUAUAUUUGAUUUGGAGAUAUAAAAGGACCGGAUUUUGGAUCAUCGCCACCUUUGCGGCCCUAUCUACAGCUCUCAGAUUUUGGGCAACGAUGAAAUACAACCUCAGCCAUUUCGUUCAUUUUGGAAUCCCAAUUUCAAGAAUGUUCGACACAGCAAACUAUUCGUAUAUUUUGCCCACUCACAGAGCUACUAUUUACUUAAUGGGUGUUACUCUAGCGUAUGCGCUUCGUUAUACUCGCAAACGGCCUUCAAUUACUAAGGGCCAAACUGCUAUAAUAUGGACACUUCUUUAUCUUGUGAGUUUUGGCACCUGGUUCGGACCAAUAAAUAUGUCAGUCCGGACCUACGAAUACAACAAAUUGCAGGCAGCUUUGUAUGGUGCCAUUUCACCUAUAACGUGGGGGGCGGGGGUGGCCUGGGUAAUUUAUAGCACCGAACGGGGAUUUGGCAGUUGGUUCGCUUAUAUUUUGAAUUGGAAAUAUUUCGAAGUAUUUACUCGUAUUGCGUAUGCUGUAUACUUAGUUCAGUUUCCUGUAUUUUUCUACAAUGUGGGAAUCAGGAGACACGUUGAUGAAUAUAAAAGUUACAUGAUGCUUCCGCCUCUGGAAACUGGAGUAAUAUUAGGUCUUUCUACGCUUCUUACGUUGUGUAUAGACAUGCCUUUCCAAAACAUUGGUAAAAUAUGCUUGCUAAAGAAGAGGCGCCAUAUUAAUUAGAUUGCCUUUUGCCACUAUUAGGGGCCAUGUAUAUUUUAGGAUGUUCUUUAUAAAUGUACAGUAUUUGUAAUAUAAUUUAUAUUUUAAG